AAUAUACAGGGUGUUUGAAGAAAAUCUAAAUUUUGAGUCUUGGUAACGUCGUUUAAAGAAGUCUUAAAUGUGUUUGUAACCAGCGUAUUUAACGCUUUUUACUUUUAAAGGUUUUCUAUCUGAAAACUUGGUACAGUAUGUUUAGAAACACUUUGAAAUUUUAGCGAAUAAUAUUGCGGCAAAAAAUUCUUAUGAACCAUUGUUUCUAAGUGUGUUUUCUUUUGGCAGUUAUUUAUUUUUUAAAUGUUUCUUCGUUUCUGAAUUAAAAAUAGAAACAACUGUUAAACUUAAAAAAAUCACAAAUUGCCUCCCUAAAAUUUGUUGUUUUUUUUAGUGUUCCUUUCAUUGUUAGUGAAAAUUAAAUACAAACAAUGCAGUUAACAUUUCUUUUUAGUAUUUUACCAUAUUUAAGAGUAACACAGUGCCUAUUCGAAACAAUACAAAUUCUGCAGCUCAUUUUACUCAUUGAGGCAGCAUGUGUCCUUAGCUUUUUUUUUCAGUAAUUCACUCAAACGGACCAACGCUUUGUUAACUAGGAUUAUAUUUUUCACAAUGCAAUUUCUAGCCGCAAUGAAAAACAAUUGCAUCACUUUGAGCCGUUAAUAGGUAGACUUGAAGUUAGGUUGUUUCGGUUAGUGAUAUUUCGUAACUUUAUUUUUUAGAAGUUGGUCACAACUUUGUUGUUGAGAACAUGUAGAGAAUACAGAGUUAUAGAAGCCCUGUUUAUGCUGAUAAUAAUUGAAGUACGAAAUAAUUUGAUCCAUCCAACAUGCGCGAGAUUUAAAUUCUCGUUUUUAAUCAAUGACCUUGCAUUCGACAACCUACAUGGCCGCUGACAGAUCGUCAAUAAGUUAAGUUUGGAUGUAUUUUCUGAAGUUUUGCCUAGAUUUCGUUAAAUGUUCUGGGUAAAAAUGGAGCAUUUUUACGGCAGUAUUUUGUCAAAGUAUGUCCAGGUCCCGUGAAAUCUUCAGGAAAAAAGAAGUUAAGUGUGUGGAUAUUGCUGGUUAGUGGGCAAAAUGAAGAGGCAUACGCAGAAGCGAGUCCAGGGGAAGUAACGCAAGCAGUUAUCGACGCUAUUCAAUCAGGCUACCGGCACAUCGACUGUGCUAUGUUUUACGAAAACGAAGCGGAAGUUGGGAAAGGCAUUCAAGCUGCUGUACAUCAAAAGAUAGUAAAAAGGCAAGAUCUAUUCAUCACUAGCAAACUUUGGUGCAAUUUUAUGAGGCCUCAUCUGGUUGAAUCUACUAUAAAACAAAGCUUACAGAAACUAGGACUUGAUUAUCUGGAUUUGUAUUUAAUACAUUGGCCAACAGCGCUGAAGGAAGGUGGCGACUAUUACCCGAAAGACAAAAAUGGAAAAAUAUUAUCUAGCGACGUGGAUUAUAUUAACACUUGGAAAGCCAUGGAGGAAGUUUACAAAAAUGGACUCGCCAAAUCGAUAGGCGUAUCUAACUUUAAUAAAAGGCAGUUGGAACGUCUUUUAAAAUCUGCAAUAAUUAAGCCGGUCACCAAUCAGGUCGAAUGCCAUCCAUAUUUAAACCAGGCCAAGCUGAUAAAGUUAUGCAAGUCCCUGGACAUUGUCGUUACAGCGUACAGUCCAUUGGGAUCACCAGGUCGGCCUUGGGCGAAACCAGGGGAUCUUUCCCUAACUGAAGAUCCAAGAAUCAAAGGAAUCGCAUCGAAUUACAAAAAAACACCGGCGCAGAUAGUACUUAGGUAUUUGAUACAGAAAGGGGUAUUGCCCAUUCCAAAAUCUUCAAACAAAAGUCGAAUUCAGGAGAAUAUCAAUGUGUUCGAUUUCGAAUUGAGCAAAAGUGACGUGAAAUUGCUGGAUACACUAGAUUGCAACGAACGAUUUCAUCGGCAUUUGGAAAUUAUUGAACACAGGGAGUAUCCCUUUAACGACGAAUACUAAUCCGAAGCAAUUUAAAUAUAAAUAAAAAAAUUUUCAUAGCGCUUGCAAAAAAAUCUUUUAGCAAUUAGCAAUUUUCAAAAAUUGUUUACAAUCAAUCAAAGAAUAAAUUGUGAAACGGUAUAUAAAAAAAUAAUAAGGUAAGUAAAUGGCUAUGAAAUACAUUAUUAACAACAACAGAUUAAGUGAUCAAUAAUAGCAACUGUUCGGUACCGGAUAAUUAACGUUUGGUAAUUUUAAUAAAUACAUUUUAUAUAAAAAAAAUAUUUUACUUUAUUUAUUGUAUUUGUCCAACUAGUUUGCUAGAGCGACGAUAGAUUUGGAUACCCUUCUUUCAUUAUAUCAGCUUUGUAUUUUUUGAUAGUUUCAUUUAACCAAAACUGUACAGAGACUUUGUUAUAUCAACAUUGCUCCGAUUCUGCUUCGGUUGGUAGCUACAGCUACUAUAUUUAGUCAAAACGAAUGUAGCAAAAGGGCUUUGGACAACUUGAACACUAACCAACCAACUAACCAAAACUUAGGUUUGAAUUAAUAGAGAUAAAUAAAAGUCCAUUUAUCUCAUUAAAGAGUUCGAAAUCGAUCAGGAAAACGAUCAGAAGGUAGCUUUUAUCUGGCACUAAACAGCAUUCUUAAUUUUGCAAAAUAUUGGAGUGAUGGCCUACAAUACCCGCGACAGUGGUCAAGUUGUCCAAACUUCUUUUGUAGUAAAAUAUGUAUAACU